AUGCUUCCUUUUGAUUCUUGCCUUUGGACCUCGGAGCUAACCCAGGUGAGGUGGAGUCGCUCUGGUCCUGAAUACAGGGACCCCCAGAUUGACAAGGGAUAUUACCGCAAGCUGGCUGAGCUGACUGAGGAGGAGAGGUUUGAUAGGGAGCUCGGGAAGACUCAGCAUGUCAAAGCUGCCCCAACAGCUUUGGCUUUGAAGCCAAGCUCUGUGUUUGAAAACCCACUGAUCAGUACAUUCACCAACAUGAUGAUGAAAGGAGGAAACAAAGUACUGGCUAGAUCCCUCAUGACACAUACUCUGGCAGAUGUGAAAAGGAAGCAGUUUGAGAAGUACCAUGCUGCUUCUGUAGAGGAACAGGUAACCAGAGAACACAAUCCCUACACCAUCUUCCACCAAGCAUUGAAAAAUUGUGAGCCUGUGACUGGGCUGGUGCCCAUCCUCAAGGGUGGCCAUUUCUACCAGGUCCCUGUGCCACUAGCCAACCAGUGGCAUUACUUCCUGGCCAUGGAGUGGAUGAUUAUUGAGUACUGGGAGAAGAAAUACCGGCGUGUGCUGAUGCCAGAGAAACUGUCAUAUGAGCUGCUGCAGGCUUUCCACAACAAGGAUCCUGUGAUCCCGAGGAAGCAUGACAUGUACAAGAUGGCUGAGGCUGAGCAAGUCCUGGCCCACUACACUGAUAGUAGAGAGAGGGAAGGGGCUCCAGGAGCCCGGGGCUCUCUGCUGCAAGAAACGAUGAGAGCCACUGCUACCUUGAGAAAUACCUGGGGGCUAAGGCUGUAG